UAGGUUUACUGGAGUCCAAACUGGAUAGUGGCUGAUUCAUUGUUCAUCAUCACUACUCCACCAUUGCCAAAAUCACAGAAUCCUACCGCCUCAUUCUCAACACCGUCGCUGACCAUCUCAUUUUUUCUCUCGCUCUGCUGCUUGCCCCUGGCCACGCCUUCUUCCUCAAUUACCCGAGUUUCUCUUUGAAGAGACGACUAUGGCGGCUGCUACUCCAUCUCUCAGAUCAUUCUUCGCCACUCUUCAAAACAACCAAACAGAUCAAAAUGGUUUCUUCAACGGUCAUCUCCCAUUGUUUUAUGAGCACAAAACAGCAGUGCUCAGGAAGGUAAAUUUUCCCGUUGGUGGGCAGAUCCUUAAAUUAAAGUGCUCUAGAGACAAAGAGAUGGAUGUCUGCACGUCUGCUUUGGUUGAUGGAGUUGCUGCUGAGUGCACAAAUGAUGAAGAAAUCUUACAGACAAGUCAUCAAGUGGAGCCGAGUGUUUCCACGAUGUUGAUGAAUUUUUCCAAUGACUUCGAUCCUUAUGAGGCUCUAAGCACGCCUCUCUACCAAACAGCAACUUUCAAGCAGCCUUCGGCUACGGAAGGUGGAGCUUAUGAUUAUACAAGAAGUGGAAAUCCUACUCGAGAUGCCCUAGAAAGCCUUCUCGCGAAGCUAGACAAAGCUGAUCGAGCACUAUGCUUCACCAGUGGAAUGGCAGCUUUAGCAGCUGUUACUCGUCUUCUUGGAACAGGUGAUGAGAUUGUUUCUGGUGAUGAUAUGUAUGGUGGUUCGGAUCGCUUAUUGUCACGAGUAGUUCCAAAAUCUGGAGUUGUGGUUAAGCGUAUAGAUACAACAAAUUUGGAAGAGGUUGCUUCUGCAAUUAUGCCUCGCACAAAGCUCGUGUGGUUGGAGAGUCCAACAAACCCCCGCCAGCAGAUCUCAGAUCUUCGUAAAAUCGCUGAGCUCGCACAUGCCCAUGGUGCUCUCGUAUUGGUGGACAACAGUAUCAUGUCUCCCGUACUGUCUCAACCCUUAGAGCUUGGGGCAGAUAUCGUGAUGCACUCAGCUACAAAGUUCAUCGCUGGUCACAGUGACCUUAUGGCUGGUGUGCUUGCUAUUAAAGGAGAAAGCUUGGCGAAAGAACUAUAUUUCAUUCAGAACGCAGAGGGAUCAGGGUUAGCUCCGUUUGACUGUUGGCUAUGUUUGAGAGGCAUCAAAACUAUGGCUCUACGCGUCGAAAAGCAACAGGAAAACGCACAAAAGAUCGCUGAGUUCCUCAGGUCUCAUCCUCGUGUGAAAAAGGUCUUUUACGCUGGUCUUCCCGAUCACCCAGGACGAGCUUUGCAUUACUCUCAGGCGAAGGGCGCUGGAUCCGUGCUGAGUUUCCUAACGGGAUCAUUGGCGCUCUCCAAGCACGUCGUUGAGACAACGAAAUAUUUCAGCAUAACUGUGAGCUUUGGAAGUGUCAAGUCCCUCAUCAGCUUGCCUUGCUUCAUGUCUCACGCAAGCAUACCUGCAGCAGUGCGUGAGGAACGAGGCCUGACUGAGGAUCUGAUACGCAUAUCUGUCGGAAUUGAGGACGUCAAUGACUUGAUUGCUGAUCUUGAACAAGCCCUACGAACUGGGCCUGCAUAGCUCGCCUGUCUCAGGCUAUUUAUAUAGUUUUGUCAAUUUACUCAAGGUGAAACUGUUGCUUUAUCCACUCCAAGUUCAUCUAAUUGCAGAUAUGCAAAUAAUUACAGUUGACAUAAGUUUUUUA